UUCUCUCCUCGUCCUUUUCCCUCAUUUACACACUCAUUGAUGGAACAUCUUGGUGGGUGAUCGACAGCUGGAUCUCAGAGGCGUGGAGCUGUAGUGCAGAAGCCGCAUUCAGAAGACGCGUCUUCGCUCGAGGAACUACUUGUUAGCUUCCCAGCAGCCACUGAAGGGUCACUCUGCAGCUGCGCUGUUUCCCCGAGGGGUUUUGGACUCCUUAGAGAGAAGCAUGCAGAGUUUGAAACGUCGGUCUAACAAGUUCCAGUGAACCAGUGUGGAGUAAGAGGUUGAGGACGGAGAGACGAAGACCCGGACGACAGCGGAGUCGGAGACGGUUAUGACCGCGUCUCGUCAACUGGUGCCCGGGCUGCCUCUGCUGCUGCUGGUCGCCUGCUCGGUGUUGGUCGGAGCGACUGUGCCAGCAGCUCCAGUGAACGUGUCCGUGACCCAGCUGAGGGCACACUCGGCUAUGGUGACCUGGAACGUCCCUCAGGGAGACACCGUCAUUGGAUACGCAAUUUCUCAGCAGAGGCAGGAUGGACUGAUGCAGCGCUCCAUCCGAGAGGUCAACACUUCCAGCCGCUGGUGUGUGCUCUGGGACCUGGACGAGGACACUCAGUACAGCGUGCAGGUGCAGUCUGUGGGGCCACAUGGUGACAGCCAGCCGAGCCGUGUCGUCCACUUCAGGACUCUGGAGAGGACGGACCACUAUCCUGCUGGAGUCCUGGACCAUCAUGAGCCAGCGAUGGAGGGCCUGGGCAUGAGCCCUCGCCUCCAGACUGGAGAGCUGCUCAUCAUCACCACCGUGCUGCUGCUGUGGGCAGCGGUCAUCGCCCUGUUCUGCCGCCAGUACGACAUCAUCAAAGACAACGACUCCAACGGCACCAAGGAGAAGACCAAGAGGCCGCUGGUCCGUGCCACCCCGUACUACAACCCCUCCCCCACCAACUCCCCCAUCUAUCACAAUGGAGCCGUGCGCAGCAGCAGGCUUCACCGAGCAUCGUCUUCCAUAAGCAUCAUCCGUGUCUGAGAGCCAUUUUUGUUGGACGAAAAGACAUUUCCGUGAGAGGGAGGACACACCCUCCUGGCAGACUUCUGCGCUUUGCUGCAAAAAGUGGAGACAACCAUCGAGGCGAACUGGACAUCUCUCAGUGGGGAAGAGCAAGGACUUGACGUGUGAAACAGAAGAGCAUUCUCUCAGUGGUGAUCUAAUACAUUUGCGUGAUGAAUAGGAAAUCAUUUCCAGCAUGUCAACCCAGUAAAACUUCUUAUUUCCCCCUCCACUCCAAGUGUUUAUACCAUGAUGAGGUAUCAUGAAACAGUAUUGUAGGGUUGAUGAAGCGGUGUCCUAAUGUUCGGAGGCCACUAGAUGGCGCUCUUGGUUUAGAAAUGAUGUGAGGUCUCAUUGAAUUGGUCUUUCAUCUACCUUCACUCAUGACUGCUCACUGUUAGACACUUGUGUGUAUGAUAUGUCAUUAGACUGUGUACAUUAUUUCAUGUGUCAAACUGAUACCUCAUUGCGAGUUUACAACAUAAGCAGUGUAAAUAUGAUGCAGCGUUUGGAUGUGAAUGAAUCAUUUCAUUAAAAUAAAUCAAGAUUUUGCUGUUUCUGUUCACUCCUGAUCCUAGUUUGAGAUCUAUGUGUGCCACCUAGGUGUGAAGCUAUAAAGAGAGAGAGGAUACAGACUGCAAAGUUUACAUGUAUCUUUGAUUUAGAGGAUAAACUCCUUCAUAAAUUGCGGCUACUUCAAUGACCUCUCUGUCAUUCAGUGAACCAGGGAUCUUGUUUUAAAAUAGAAAACUGUCAUAUAACUGCGGCAGCAGAGCAUCUUCACACUAGAACCGUUGCUAGAUUUGGUGGAUACUAACAAGCGAAUGCUGGCCAUUUUUGUAGCUAGUCUAACGCAAAGUUUGGUUCUUGACAUGAAUUUAAAAUGUAUCAAUUUUCUUUCCUCAAUAAACUGUAUAUGCUCUUUUGUAUGCUGUAUGAUGCAUUCACACUUCUUUGUUCAUUAGUGCUUUUAUUUUUUAUUUUAAUUAAGCUUUAAAAUCGAUACACAAUGACUUUUUAA